GGCAACACCACGGCCGUCGGCCCAGACAAGCCACCGGAACCAACCGUCGUCGUCAACGGUAUGCCCCAGCGUCAGCUCGCCAACAGACCCGCGGAGCCCGCCAACCGCCAGUCGACGGCAAAGAUACACGUCUCUAACAGCGGGCCCAGUGAGCUGGAGUUGGCGCGAGCUCGACUCAAAACGAGUAGAACUAUACGGGAGACAACCACCAACCGACUCGCUGACACUAAAACCAACGCUGAUUCUCCGGUUAUCUCCCUCGCGACGUCACGACCUCCCAGUGGCGAUCACGCGAAAGGAGAAUAUUCAGAGG